GAGGAGUGGAGUGGGGUAUCAUUUUUUGUGUAGCCUAGUUAGAGAUUAAAACCGAUUUUUCUUAUUUGGAGUGUAGGGCUCUUAUUUAAUCCCAAUAACAUUACGUGAAGAAAGACGCCGUCUUGAUUUACAUAGUUUCAUUUGCACUUGUGUAUAAAAAUAUUAUUUCAGGCACUAGAGUAUAUCAUAUUUUUGGGUAGUCCAGAGGUUUAUUUGUCCAGACAUAAAAUAUCUGGAGUGUUAAUAUUUAGCAAACAAGCACCACUACGGCAUAACUACAUUUCCCAAAUGUGGCAGCCUCGUUUUGAUUGCAGGCUUUGUUUUCGAGCUGCAAGUGAGCGAGUGCAGUCGCCAUUUUGAGGGCGAGUUGCUGAUCCGAAAAGAGGUCGUAAAAGCACGAGAACAUCGUGUAGAAAUAACUGUAUCCCAUUUCAGGACUCUCAAUACCGAGUUUGCAAGGAUGCGGCAGUCGAAGCGAAUGCGCUCUCCGGACGGCUGGCUCUCCGAGUACAGCUGGGAGGAUAGGUGGGAAGAGCGCAAGCGCCAGAAGAGAGGAUCGCAUAGCAGCGAGAGGGAGAACAAGCCGAAGAGACACCAGCACCACUUCAGGACCUACGAAGGGCAUUAUCUGGAGACCAGGAGCUUGAACAAGAGGCCGGACUACAAGGAGCCCAGAGCGCGCGAGGCCAACAUGGACCUGGCGGGGUACGGGGACGGCGGGAUUGGCGGCUGCGGCGUGGAGAGGGACAGGGACUGGCACCACUACAGCAAGUCCUCCGGCCGCAGCGUGCGCAGUCGCCGUAGCAGCCAGGGCCGUUGCCGCGGGCGACAGCACAGCCCCUCCGACCGUCGCUCCGACUCGAGGAGCCACCGCAGGAAAAGAUCCAGGAGUUUUGAGGAUGAUGAGGAGGGUCACCUGAUCUAUCAGACUGGACACAUGCUGAGAGCAAGAUAUGAGAUUGUGUGCACUUUAGGAGAAGGCGCCUUUGGGAAGGUCGUGGAGUGCAUUGAUCAUUCAAAGGGCGGCGCUCGAGUUGCCCUGAAGAUAAUUAAAAAUCUCGAUCGCUAUCGGGAGGCCGCCAUGUCUGAGGUGGAUGUGCUGGAGCAGGUGAACUCGCUGGACCGCGAUCACCAGUUCGCGUGUGUGCGGAUGCUGGACUGGUUCGACCACCACGGGCACAUCUGCAUCGUGUUUGAGCUGCUGGGCCUGAGCACCUUCGACUUCCUGAAAGAGAACGGCUUCCUGCCCUUCACCGUCGAGCAGAUCAGGCUAAUGGCCUACCAGAUCUUCCGAGCCGUGCGUUUCCUCCACCAAAAUAAGCUGACUCACACCGACCUGAAGCCUGAGAAUAUUCUCUUUGUGAAUUCAGACUACCACAUCGAGUACAAUCCCAAAAUGAAACGGGAUGAGAGAACCCUGAAGAGCUCUGAUGUGAAGGUGGUGGAUUUUGGCAACGCCACCUAUGACCACGAGCAUCACACGUCCGUGGUCUCCACCAGACAUUACAGGGCACCGGAAGUUAUCCUGGAGCUGGGGUGGAACCAGGCGUGUGACGUGUGGAGUCUGGGCUGCAUACUGAUAGAGUAUUACCUGGGCUUAACGCUCUUCCAGACUCACGACAGUAAAGAGCACUUGGCCAUGAUGGAGCGGGUUUUGGGACCCAUCCCGAGCCACAUGCUGCACAAAACCAGGAAGCGCCGUUACAUCCGUCACGACAAGCUGGACUGGGACGAGCACAGCUCCUCUGGGAGAUACGUGCGGAAGCACUGCAAGCCGCUCAAGCAAUACAUGUCGUCCAAGAGUGAGGAGCACGAGCAGCUGUUCGACCUGAUCCACAGGAUGCUGGAGUACGACGUGGCCCGGCGGGUCACCCUGGACGAGGCGCUCAGGCACCCCUUUUUCGACUCCCUCAGGAAGGGGAAGAAGUGACCCCGCGGUCCCCGGGCGCCCAGCAGUUGACCCGCCCCGCCCCGGCCUUCACGUGCUCUCCUGGGGAGAUUACUAUAGACUGCAUCAGUCCGCUCUGAGAUUACCUUUAGUGUUUAACUUAUGCCCGGUGUAGGAACCUGUACUGUAAUUACUUUUUUUGUGUGUUCCUUGUUCAUUCGUAAAAUAAAACUUGAUUAGUACAUUUUUUUCAAAA